UAUGUGUUUAUACAUAUGUGUGUGUGUGUGUGAGCAUUUGCAUCUCAUGUUCCUCUCACGUCCUCGCACUGCUGCUGUUUUUACUGCCACAUUAUUUACAUGUAUUACACAUUCAGCAAACUCCUUUAUUCAAAGCGGCUGCAGUGUUUUCAGGCUCCUGUACAGCAGAAAUGCAGGCGAGUCUGUCAACAUUUUUGCGCAGUGAAAUGACAUGUUUGCCUUUGUGCAUGUGUUGUGUACGCAUCGUCCAAACCUGUCCUGUCCACAGCCUGACGCCACUGCUAUUACUACUGACGCAAAACUACGGCACACACGUUUCCAUUACACAGGCGAACACAGCUCUAUUCACAUUUAUUCAUUUAGCAGAAGGUGUGUGUGUGUUUGUUCAACGUGACCUACAAAUGAGGAUUAAACACAUGUAGUUUGAUGAUAUGAGCAGUUUAUUCCAGUAAUAUAAUAACGAUAUAUAUAUUCCUGAUAUGGUUAUUUACACUGGUAAUAUCUGUAAAUGAGCAGCUUUCUGUAUUUUGUGCAUCAUGUUUGUAUUUUUCCUCAGUUUAUUUCUGCGUUCACCUGCACACUUUGAGCUAGACUCUACUGUAGGGAUGAAAGUGAUGGUGAGAGAACAGUGGGAUGAAGGGGAAGGGGAGUGAGAGGAUGACUGGUUAACAGAUGGGUAGGUUGAUCAGACAUCUGACAAUGCCCUGAGUCUGAGAGUAGUGAUUGGACCCCCCGAUUCAACCUACAUGUAGGAGUGAAGAGGGUUAUAGUAAAUGGCAAGGGAGGAAAUAGCUUUCCAAUCAAUAAAUGUGAUUAUAAUGGAGGUCAAUGGGGCAAAAAAAGCACCAAAGUCACCAAAGAGAAGUCAAUCUGAACAGUGCACAGGGGUUAAUCUUCAAUCUGGAGGUGAACUAAUGCUCUCAUAUGGUGUUUUCUCCGAGGGCAGACGGUCAGUGAAUCUGCAGUGCUUUGGCCGGAGGAGUGAAGGAGAUCCACAAACCCUGAGGGAUAUAAACCACUGAUCAUCUCUUCACAUCCAGUGUAUAUCAGACCACCGUCAGUCUGAUUUAAUUGGAGUAGCUCGUUACACUGGUCGUGAUGCUGGACAACACAAAGGUGUAUGUGGAGCUCGGUGUGGCGAAGGUGCAGAACGCAACCGAACCCCAGAAAGCACACAGGGUUUCGAGGGAUGAGAAUGGCUUCAUCAGCACCAGUGUUUCCAGUCCAGAUGAGGAGGACCAGGCCGGAUCUCCAUCGGAGUCUGACCACAGCGUCAGGAGGCUCAGUCUGACGGGUAUAUCGGAGUCGUCUGGGACGUCCCGCAGUGCUCUGGUGUCUCCAGUGGAUGAUCGUCAGUCCUUGUCGUCGCGCCGCAGCACCGGUCAGGCCUUGUGCUCCUGCAUUCGGGCCGGAUCAGUGGCGACUCUGCGCUGUCUGGAGGAAACACCGCUCAUGUUGUCUGGACUGCUGUUAACUCUUCUCUUCUGCGUCACCAUGAUUAUUAUCAUCCCCGCCACCGGCAGGAGUCUGGUGGUCCACGUUGCAGCGUUUGCGGUGGUGUGUGUGUCGGUGUGUGUGUGCAUGUCUCUGCUGCUGUGUUUGCCGUGUCUGCCUGUUUUCCGGCGUGGAGAAACGCAGCUGGCGCUGGUCAUCUGGUUCCUCCUCUUCAUCAUCGCCUUCGUCUUCGUCUUCACCGGAGGCACCGUCACCGCCUGGGAGCAGGUCAGAUGCAUUCGAUUCUUCAUUUGUCUCUAUUAAACUCAACGCAAGCAAACAAAAUAAGAACACAACUAAAAUCAAGACAACAGGCUAGCAUAAAACCACAGCAAUCAGAUCUCUUCAGCUCACAUCAGCUGCGUUUAAUUAGUGAUUUGCUUUUCUCAAACUCAAAGCCCUAUUCAAGAGAUGUAUGAGGUAGCUGUUGUGAAGAAAGCUAAGUUAAUUGUUUUCCUCUGUGCCGACUGCUAACAAAUUACAGAACAGGGAUGUUUACUUAAAGGUGCAGUAGGUGAUCUAGAAUAAUGCUAACGUUAGCUUAAUAGCAUUGAAAAUUCAAGUCCCUUCCUGCCAUGAACGUGCACCGAAUUGAUGACCACAGACAGCCUUAUAACACUAGGGGCUCUAGUUUUUAACAAUCUAGGUGCAAAGUCUAAAGCUCAUGGCGCAAAAGCAUUAAGGGCGUGUCUGAAUCCACUUUUAUUGUAAGGAUGGAGAAAUCCGCUCUGCGCCUGGUGCAUGGUCUAACAGGGCUGUGCUUUUUCUCUUAUGAGUUCUGGGUGUGUUUUGAGCAUAACCUGCAUUAAACCAAUCAGAGUCUCGUCUCUCAUUCCUUUUAAGAGUCAGUUGUGUCGCUCCAUGGUGCGUUUGCUAUUUACGUGGCGACUUUAUAAGUGUAAAAACUAAAGCUUUACUAGACAGAACACAGUUAAACAGAGCAUCUGCAGCACGAGGAUAAAGAACGAGCCUCCUCCAUUCAGCCUCUUUUACUUUACUCCUUUACUUUACUCCUUUACUUUGGUGGAGUGAGGGAACGGUGGUAACUCACUUCACUGAACACAUCCAUCAGCUCACAUGUUUAAUCUCCUUUGUUAAGAGCAGAGAUUUGUGUCUGAACUAUUUCUAGAUUCAGUUCUGAUCUCCAGCAGAGGGAUAAAUAAGCAAUAAUAAUGAAGUGUGCUCAGAAAACUGAGUUAUAUCCAAACACACGUCCUGUUCUUAUCCACAUAUGCUGAUGCAGACCUCUC